UCCCAUCACUACCAAUCCCAACAGGCAAGAAGAAGCAUCACCGGCUGUGCGAUUUUAUAGAUUAAAACAUAGCGAAUCGAUUUCAGUAUUAAAAGCAAAAAUAGGAAACCAUGCUUAAGUUGAAACUUGAGGCCCUGGGUCAUCCCACGCCCAGUGAUGUGGCGCUGAGCAACCGCAAGGAAUUCGCCAGCACAGUCCUUUGGGUGGAGGACCAGAAAAUCCGACUUUAUACCAUUGAGGAUCGCGAAAAGCUGCGUAACAUAGACAAUCCAACCAUGUGGGAGGAGGGCUACAUGAAGUACUGUGCGGAUCUCAACAUGCCGCCUUUGGAAAGCCAACAGGAGCAGCUGGCCUGGAUUCUCAGUCACGCCGUGCGCCUCGAGUUCCUGGACGAUCCGGCCCAGUUUUCUGCGAUCAACAGCAAGCAGGGUCCACCCCAAAGCAAUGGCAAGCAGGCCCACCAGAAGGUCCAGUCUAUUUUCGAGGGAAAGAUCAAUGUUCAUGAUAAAGCGUUUGUGGAUGGUGUGCGCCUGCUGGCCAGCAAACUGAAUGUUCCGCACCACCCAAACCACCUACUGCAACUGGAGGCCGUUGCUCGGGUGGUGCAUGAACGCCUUUCGCCCGCCGCCAAGGGACGGAAGCCGGUUCUGGGCACACCCUUCCCAUUCGAAAAGGGCAACGAUGUGGUCUCGUCUAGCGAUCCUGCCCUGGACCUACCCAUGCGCAUCCUGCGCCUUCUACAGAUCCAGAGCUUGCGCCAGCUGCAGACGCACAUUAACGAAACGAUUGUGGCGGUGCAGAAUAUCACGGCCAAUCCAAAGACUGACACCAAGUUGGGCAAAGUGGGAUUUUAGGAAUAUUUAAAGCAACAAUUAAAAGGGCUAUGUAUCAAUUUACAUGUAAAACCCUUCUGCUGAUGGUUUUUAUCAAAUUCUGUAAAAUUAUUUUCUAAGUAAACCAACUAUAAAUUUUUACGAGAUAAAAAUUAUACAAAUUUAUAAAUGUAAAAUAUGGUUAUAGAGCCUGAAUUAUUGAUUAUUCUUCCCAGGUCCUUAGUCAAAAGGUCUACAUCCCCAGUCUUCUUAGGUUAUUUGUGAGCAUGAACUAAAAGUUAAUAGGUAACAAUAUACAGACUUAUUAAAAUUUCCCAAAAAACCCAAAA